UGAGAGAGAGAGAGAGAAGGGGCGGGGGGGAAACCUGGUCUUGCAGCCUCAAAUAUCAACAGAGAAUAACCAUUCACCAACUUCCUCUCGGGCAGGAAGAAGGCUGCCAGCCCUCCCAAAGCUUCUGUCUUACAAAGACCAGAGUAUUCGGCUACCUUGUCUGCUGCGUUGUGUAUGUGCUCUGUUCUGAUGAGUAGGACACUUGAACAAGCCAAGGCCUCAUCUUUCUUAUUCCCUUGUUGCAGCUAGGCUGUCUCCUCAUUUUCAGUCCCUUUUAAAGGCACCUGGGUUCUUUGCAAGUCAAAGUCCAGAUGGCUAGAAGUAGCUAAACACUUAGAGGAGCCAGUAUCUUGGAACCUGCCAACUGUGCAAACUAGUCUCUUGGGCACAGCUGUCAUGUUCGGUAAAUAGUCUGCUUUUAUACCUGGCCUUACUGUUGAAAUAAUUGUUAGUUAGAAAUUAAGAAAGUGUCCCAGUAUCUAAAACUAAAAGCAAUGUAGGAAGGGGAAAGAGUCUACCUGCAGCACUGGGGGAAAUGCAUGCCACUUGAAUCCAGCAGGUGUCUGUUCCUCCACGGCACCUUCUGUUGUCGUUUACUUCUGGGCAGUGUGAUUGUAAAACACUGCCAUUCCAUUGCAGUGGCAUUUCAGACCUAUGCUAUCCACGUGAAAAUGGCCACAUAAGCUGAAAACUAGCAGAAAACGGGGAUGCUGGUAUAAAGUACAUCCAUAUCAUUACCACAGAGGGGUAUGCCAACCACCAAAAAUAAAUAAAUAAAAAGUCAUCUCUAAACCUCCCAGGAGGAAUUGGAUAACUAUCUGUAUGCCUACUGUAUCCUUGUCACAUACAAUCAUAAUGUAAAUGGAACCGCAAAUGGAAUUAAACACUUCUGCUUUUAAUAUUGAAGACAGAAAACCAGCCAUGAUUUCAGUCUAAUUAUAGAACAUACAGCUAUUGUGGUGACUACACUUGUAAAAUAACUUCACUUCCCUCCAUGCAGUGUUUACUAGGCCUGUAAUAAUGGGGACUAGAAUAGGUUGUAAUUUAAGAUUAAAUAGCUAUGCACAGUUAAUAUUCUAGUAGAUUUUUGAGAAAAAUCUCUGGAAAACCCCUAAGAAACUGAUUGAUAGCUAAGAGCUCUGAUUAAAAUCCUUAUUUUAUUUUGGAAAAAAACCCAUUCAAAGUUCUGCUAUUACUCAAAACCACAUCCAAAAUUAUGCACUAGGGUAAAUAACCUAAUUUAGUAUCUGUGACUAGGGACCUCUUAAUGCCAACAAGCAGAGUCCACAGGGGUGCAUAAGGGUCCCAGGGAUCCCUAGGUUUGGUAUUGAAGUUUUCUGAAAGCCUGUGUCACACUGAUCAUCAUAACCUUUGCUCAAGGUAUGUGUGGAUUAUAUGUAAGGAGAUCCGUAGCUAUAUUGGAAAUUAUGUUUUUAAGGCCUUGUAGUUAAAGGCAGGUGACCUGGAGAGUUCCCCAGACAGAAGGUGAGAUGCUUAUCUCCCUAGCAGACCAUCGUGUAUUGUGUGUCUUACACAGAAGUCUAUUAGAAUAGUGAGUCGAAUGCUAAUGAAGAGAUUGUGGCGUUUCAGAAGGAAUAGGUAAGCAGAGGAGGAACUCUGUUUUAUAGAACAAAGGACUGGCCUAAUAUAUCUAGGGGUGCAGAGAGAGACCUGGGCAUCCUGUGAAGACAAGCUCCCGGCAGGCUUUGCCUUAUGAAACAGGCUAUCAGCCAUCCUGGUUGAAAAAUGCUGUGAGAAGGACUUUGGGUAAGCAGUAUCUUAUUAGACAAGAGGGGGCAUCUUGUUAGUUAGUCAAGUUUAGGCACUAGAAUGCAUGUUCUGAUUUGAUUUUCUAUGUAACACUGUUUUCCAGUAUUUGUUUGCUAUCCUAUGAAUCUCUGUUCUUUGUUAAAUAAACGUAUCCUUUUCUCUGCACACAAAUUUAAGCACGGCGUGUGAAGUGAAGCUGUGUUCUAAGGUGUAACUAAGCUGCCGUGAUUGUUCCCUUGGGAACAGCGGGUCUGGUCGUUCUGUGGGUAUUUAGUGGAACGGGAGUUGGACGCUGCAGGGAGGACGCCGGAGUUGGAGUAUGGCUAUCGCUAACGUGUAUGAGGGAUGGGCUGAGAGGGGAGGAUUUGUGCUGUCUGUGGCUGGGUGAGUCAGGGAGUUGAGCCCUGGCAGGCACAGAUAAGGCUCCCUCACGCUACGGGUGGGUGGUAGCGAGGUGCUCCUGGGUACCCUUGGGAAGCGUCACAGAACCAUCCCCUUAAUAAAAUGCAGCAUAAUCAAAUAAUAAGCAGACCAAUGCUCCAUUCCUUGCCCUGCUCCUAGGGCGCGUUAUCUACAAACAAACAUGCAUGCUGCUUCCAGUGUGGCCUUCCACAAAUCUGGAUUUUACACAGUAGCUAUUUUGAAAGACACGUGGGGAAAAAAACUACUUUUCAUCCCAAGAUCAGAGUUCUAUAUAGGCUUAAAUAUAUUUGAAUAUGUACAUACACGUAUAUUUGCUAAUGUAAUUCUAUUUUUUCUGACGUUAACCUGGCUAACGGCGUUCCUGACCCAAAAUUGGGGAGCUGUUUCAAUAAGGCAUUGUGAUUGAAAAAUGCCGCCCUCUGCUGAAUGUGUGCACAAAUCCCAGGUUGUUACGACAGAUACCGCGUGCCGUCACUGUUCAGUGUCCAGCUUAAUAAACCCCUCCCUCUGCUGAAAAACAUCUGCCAAAGGGGGUUGUCCAGCACAGAACGGAUGUCGGGUUUAGUGAUUCAGAUGGUGACAGGAAACCAGAGACCUGCUUACAGUCCCCAUGAGGAACCUGUUCCAGUAUUGCUGGGUGCUUCCGUGAGGGGAGAUAGAGGAGAAUGAGGAAGCUGCAAAGAACUGGCUGAUGCUACAGGUGCUGCUGGCAGAGAGAAAGCAUCAUUGUCUCCAGGUGAUCAUCGGCCUGAAGUACUGGACAGUCCUUUCCUUAACUUCACCCAAGGCCUGGUUCCCAGGGGUUCCCAUGAGAGCAUGGAUGGCCCAGUGGUAGAGUCCUAGCUUACGGAGCCAGGCCUGACCGCAUCGGAGCAAUGAGCCAAGUGGAGCUGUUCUGGGCUGCGGCCUCACUGAUGCUGCUGGGGGCUCUUGUGAGCAUGUGCAUGAAGUGUCAGCGUUCUGCUACUAAACAGGAAAAGAAGCUGUGCAAGCAGAGGAAACUGCAUGAAAGCCAGCCGGGGUUUCAGGUGAUACGAUCCUAUUCAAUUGCCGUGACAAGGCAAGAUGAAAUUAAAUUGCCAGACAACAUCCCAGUAACAAGGAAAACCAAUAAGCGACUGCAGGCCACAGAUAUUGAUGGUGACAAUGCUGAGCCCAGAUACCAAAAUUUCAUGAGAGAAGACAACCAGGAAUUGGAUGCUGCCUAUGUCAACCCUAUUGCUUCAGAUUACUUCAACUGUGGGAUGUUCUUGAGACCAGCAAAUGAAAAGGAAGAGGAUUCCUGUUCCUAUCAAAAUGUUGUGAUUGGGGCAUCCAAUAGUGCUGAGUCUGAUGACGUGGACGACUAUGAGAACAGCGCCUCUAUAAAGAUAUGGAAACAAUCAAAUAUAUCAGAAAGCCCAGAUGAUUAUCCAGAUUACGUUAACUCAGACGUUGCAGCUGUGCCAAACUAAAGGUAUCUUCCCUACAACUGGAAAAAAAAGCUGUUGCAAAGCUGCGGAAGCUUAUGUUUCAUUUUGAAGACUGCUACACACACACACACACAGUGGAAAGGGGUCCUUUGAUUCACAAGUGUAAUGGAAUAACCUGUUCUCCAAACCCUGCCAAAAGUAGCUAACUUAAAGGACAUGGAUGCACACUGCUGAAAGUAAAUGCACUGGAUCCAGAAGUCCCACAAAAAUACAACUGGAAAAAGUAUAUGGAGAAAGCCCACCCCACUGCCCCCCAACAAGUGAAUUUCAGCUGCUCGGUGCAGCAGUUACCAAGAGAAAUGCCAAGGUUUUGUUGUUCUAUCAUAUUUUCCUCCACAUCCAUUCAAGGGCGUGAUGGCUUGUCUGCUCAACAAUGUUUUCUGCUGUCAAGUGUGAAAUGAAUCUUUAAACUACUGAGCGGCAACGCAGUUGACAGUUUAACUUGCCAAGCUGACUCCUGUAAGGAGGUAUUAAAGCUGAUGAAUUAUAUUUCUUGUUUCGUUCCCAAUGCAGCAAAGCUCUUGGACAGACACUGCUUUCAACAGCGGGAUCCAACCUUCCAGCCAGACAGCAAGUUUUUAGAAUAGGAGUAGUUCUGUAUAGCUAAGUAAUACACUGAAGGGCUCACAAAUGAUGAAGGGCCAAAGGCUACUACAAACAAGAUCACUGCAGCUACAGAUAAUAUUCAGAGUGCUGACAGUUAGUAUCUUUCCUUGUGCUUUUGGGAUUUAUUUUACAGCAAUCCAUAGGAGUUGAGACAGAUAGCGGGGCACUGAGCUCAUCUUUACCACAUUGCCAGCCUCAGGAAUUGCACCUGCUUUUCAGAAUUGCUGACAUCAGUGCUAGAACUCACACCUUGCCUUUGAACAUGCUUCAGUUCUGACAACUAAAAUGUUCAUGAGCAUAGCGUUUUACCUGGCAGCAUUAUAGCAUGUGCUCGUUGAGGGUGAAAUGCAGCUCUGUGCAGGAAAUCAAGGAAAAGCUCACGCAGUACUUCAGUCUUAAGGGGUGUAUGCCUGCUGCAUAGGGGUAAACUUCACCCAUGGUAGAGUGAGAACAUGUAGGUAAACACCUAGUAAGGGAGUUCUUUUAGAACAGCAAGUUAUGUGUCGGAGCAACUGUCUCCUGCCAGUCCUACUUACUGCUGGCAACUGGUUCACCAAGCUCUUAUGCUCUAGCAUGAACAGGUACUCUUUAACUAGCAGGGAAAAGGGUUACCGAAGCAAUUUCCUCCCUUUUGGUACCAGUGACUAGAGAGAACCUUGGGUAAUAAGAGUCAGCUAUGAAGUGGAAGGUAUGGAUAUGAAACGUUUCUUACUACAAAUUACUUCACUCAUGAAAUUUUUGCUCUAUUUGAUCUAAUCAGUCUAUGCACAGUGAGAGUUAAGGUAGAAUUUAAGCCUCUUUACAGAUGCGGAUUUAACAUUUCAUUUGUAUUUGAGACCCCUUAAUCACAGCAACAAGGUGCCUGUUACUUAUGUGUAUGAAACUAGAAGGCCAAUCAAGCAUUUUGUAAUUAGUGAUUGGGGGAAAACUUAAUCACAGCUCCCACUAAGGGGUGUAUUCCUGAAGUCUGCAUAAAGGCCGCAAGACAGGGCCUUUAAUGUAGCCCAUGUAGGAAAGAAAACGAUCUAGAACGUCCUUAACCUCUUGAAAGGGAUAUAUGUAGUCAGUUUCAGAACAGGAGUUAAAUAGGGUUGAUUUUACAUCGACAUAAGUUUCCUAUCAGUUUGUAGCUAGAAUCACAUUUCCUUUUUUCCAAAAUAUUCUUCUCUGCUGUGCAAAGGGCCCACAGAAAUAAGUGACACCAACAAUAGAGUGAGACAAUAGACUUGGGUCCAACCCAAGGCCUAGUAAAUCAUUAAAGCUAGAGUGACCAGAUGCAGGGCCGGCGCAACCCAUUAGGCGACGUAGGCGGUCGGCUAGGGCGCUGCAAUUUGGGGGGGCGGCGACCGCGGCGGUAUUUCGGCGGUGGGACCUUCCGCCGGUGGCGCUCCUGACCAGAUGUCCCACUUUUAAAGGGACAGUCCUAUUUUUUGGGACUACUUCUUAUAUAGGUGCCUAUUACCACCCCCCCCCGUCCCAUUUUUUUCACAGUUGCUAUCUGGUCACCCUAAUUAAAACCUAAUCUGAAGACUUAUGCACUGUAUAGACUUGUCUUGGCUCUUUUGUUGAAAGGUGAAUUUCAUCCAAAAUGACUAAAUAGAAAAGUUCUAACCUUUGUUAUAGAAAUAUGGUUACUUGACAGACCAUGCAAAAUGUUAUGUGACCGGUGAUGAUGGAUGUCCAACAUGAUACCUCUCAAAACUGCCUCAUUUUCAGAAGUAUUGUGACUCUAUAACGUGUCUCAACAUUUCAAUUCAAUUUUGAAAAUAUUGGUCUCAGUUGUCAGAGAAGUGCAAUUGUGUUGAUGUGUCAGUUUAAGAUUCUGAUCUAAUACUUGGAGGGAGACAUUCAAAUACUUAAAGUUUAGCAAUAGUACAAGUUCCCUGGGAUACAGUUAAUCAAGUAACAGAACGCUGACUAAGUUCCAGGAUUUAAACAGAUGUUAGGCCAGGGCAAUACAGGAUUUAUUGUACUCUGUGCUCAGCAGGGAGAGGUGAAUAAACCAAGUAAUAUUUCCUGGAGCAUUUAUGGAAAAUAUUUGUUGCCUAAACAGGAGUUCAAAGUUGUAUAAGAUAAAUGGGGUAGGAAAGUGAUUGGGGAAUAGAAUCUGUAUCUUCUCCUUUAAUCUGCCAGUGUGAGAAUGCAGACAAAUCCCCACCUUCUGGGGGUCCUCUGUAAAGCGAGGUUAAACCCUUUCUUAGUUUUGUGAAGCACUUGAAAAUAACAAGGGUACCUUUCAUUCAAGGAUCAGUGUGCUGGAACAUAUCCAGUAAAUUUUACAAACAAAUUAUAUUGAAGUGAUUGGAAUUCUACAGUGUAGCUUUUAAAACACCCCUUUGUCACCUAUGUCCACAAAGAAAAGUAUCUACAAUGACAGAUUGGUUGCCUUUUCAGAAAUCUUUAAUUUGUAGGUAUACAGGGACUUCAGGGUAUGUACAACAUUGGCUGCCCGUGAAUGGGAGUAACAUCCAGUCUACGUGUUCCAGCAACAAACCAGGGAGACAUGAACUAGCUCAAAGCUGAGUACAUCUACAACCACAUCUUCAUCCAAUCCUGGGAGGUCCUGCUGGAAGCUGCCGAUGGUGGAAGGAGGAGAACAGGCAUUAGCUGCUACAGAAGAGGGAGUCACCCUAGAUUCUACAUGUCACCAAAAGCUGCUCUUCUCUCCUCUAUGGGAAUAGGGAAAAUGUACAGCUAGGAUACCCCAGUGGAGGACACAAUGGGGGCAAAGACCAACCCUAUAGGGCCCUGGCCACUGUGCCAGUGGAAGCCCUUGAACAAUGGACUAGUCUGCAAUUGUAGUUCGUUCCCCUUGCUUCUGACUGGGCCUGUAGUAAAUGCUAUGAAAGUGAGGGCACACUGGGCCGCUAAGGGCAGAGCAGGUUGUCUGGAAUACAUGGAAAGAGGGGAAGGAUUUGGGAAGUAGUUCAGUGCCUUUCAUAUCUUGCUUGUCUGCCUACUCUAUUCAGAUCGGUAAGCUCUUUGGGGCCAAGACUCUGUGUGUGUACAGCAUGCAGCAGAUUAGGGUCCCAACCCGGAUUUAAUAAAUGCAUAGUUUAUAAUUGUACUUGUACUAAGGAGUUGCUAUAUACAGUGAGAAUCAGACGUGCCAGUGAUGAUGUACAGUUUGAUAACGACUUAGUGAAAUACUGGGUUAACUAAUUAAAUAAAAUACUUUGACUCUCUCUCUUA